ACCAACAACUCCUCAACUCCACCCCCAACCACUAAUCCCAAAACAGAACAAGAACAGCAAGAACACAAAAAAGACAAAAAUCAACCCCAACAAGAAACCCAAACCAAUAACUCCCCAACUGAAAACCCCCAUUCUCCAAAAACCAAAAACCAGAGUGUUCCUACCAAUCCUAAUAAUAAUUCCGAACCACCCCACCAAUCCCCAACUCCUCCUAAUAACGAAACUUCUAACCUAUUCCCUACCCCUACUACUAUUCAAAAUCACUAUAACCAGGAUAAAGAUAAAUCCACCAUUGAAAACAAUUCUAAUUCAACCACUCCAGAACAAAAAAAACAAUCCGAAGCAUUAUUAAAAUUAAUCAUUGAAGCAGAAUUCUUAAUUAAGGAUAAACAAUUUAACUCUGAAACUUUAUCUAAACUACUUAAAGAAAAAGAACAAAACACAGAAACUUAUCAACUCUUAAAAGAGAGGAUAGAACAGGUUAUUAAUGAAUUAUCUAAACAAUUAAAUGUGUUCGAAAAUGACUAUCAAGUGUUGGUAAAAAAAAUCAAUCUCUCCCUCUUUACUUUGACUAAAACCAAUCUUAGCACGGAGGAAAAGGAAAAAGUGUGGAGUGGGCUAUUAGAAUAUACCAAGAAUAUUAUCAGGAGAGUGGAGGAAAUUUUAGAAAAGUUAGAAGGAGUGCGUUUUUCGCUUAAUGAAGUAGUGCUACAUGAGGAAAAAGAUAAUUUAAUUCAGGAAUAUCAUUUAUUAAUAAAAAAAUUACGAGAAGAAAAAGAAACUAUUCUCCGCCAAAAGGAAAAAAAGAAAAUGAUUGUUACUCCUCUUCGUAAAAAGGCAGUCAAAAUUGGUUACUGUUAUUUUUGUGAUAUCAGUAUCGCCACCGAUUUUCCCUACAAAUUGAAAGUGGAGGAGCAAAAUACUCUAGGAAUUGAAAUUGCCGAAGGAGCCGCUUUUUGCUCUCAAGAGUGUUUGCUAAACUAUUGUAAGGAAUAUAAGAACAGAGAAAAAAUGCGCCAAGAGGAGGAAAAAAGGAACAAAGAAAAAAUCGCUCGCGACCGACAAAUGAUUACAGAAAUUCAGGGGCAAAUAGCCAGUUUGACUGCCAGAAUAAACCGAUUGGAGCAAAGAGAACGUGAAUUGGAAUUGUUGCCUGAAGGCGACCAAGUAGAACGACCAGAAAAUGAUGGUUUCUGGCGUCGUCUCGGCCAAAAACUUGGUUUAGUCAAAAAGCCCAAUCCUCUGUCACGGUUGGAAAGAGUGAGAAAACUAAAAGGAGAAUUGAGUAUUCAAUUGGAAAAAACCGGGGAAAAAUUGCAAAAAUCUUUAAUAAUGCUCUCACUAGACGAGCAAAAAGAGGAAGAAAGAAAAAGGUUGGAAAAAAAAAUCCUCCUAGAAAAAAAUAAACUUACUGCCAAAGAAAAAGAAGUGAUUGACGAAUUCCCAAAUAUUCAACCCGAAAGUAUACAAGGUGCCUGGUCUGCGGUCGUUCUAGAUCAGUUUUUAGUGAUUAUAAACUUUGUCGUAUCCAUUUUCGCGAAUGGGUUUACGAAGGUCGGCUCCCAGGUUGGAGAAAGGCUUCAUGGUAAAAUUUAUCCAGCCCAGCAAGAAGACUCCUAUCUUCAAAUUCUUACCAUAAAGAAUUAA